GGGCAAAGCGCCCUGGCUGGGCGUCGGGUCCGGCCAGGACCUGGGGCAUUUCGAGAGGAGUCGUCCGGAGGGUUUUCCCAGCCCCGGCGGCCAACCCGUGGUCACGCUGCAGCGGAGAGAGGCGCGCAGCUGCUGCUGCAUCCUCCUCCUACCUCACGGGCGCCCCGCCCCCCUCGGGCUUAUACAAGGCCCCGGGCACCUCGGCUUGCCCGGCCUCUGAACGCUUCCCGGAGCCGACGGCGCGGCUGCGGCGCGGCCAAAAAGCCCUGGCGCCGCCUCCGAAGAGGCGAAGUAAGGCGGCGGCUGCGCCCCGCAUCAUGGAGGGCAGCCCAGCCCCAGCCUCAGCCCUGGUCGCCACAGACAGCCUCCGCCGCCCGCGUCCCGUCUGCCGGCUCCCGUUGCUUCUCUCUGGGCGCCAUCCCCUCCUCACCUCGAGGACAACAUGAAGGAGACCCGGGACCAGGGGGGCGCCCCUUUCUGCACGCGCCUCAACCUCUCCUACUCGGGCAUGUGGGCGCCCGAGCGCUCCGCUGAGGAGCAGGGCAACCUCACGCGCUCCCUGGGGUCCAGCGAGGAUUGCGGCUCAGUGUCCGUAGUCUUCCCGAUGACCAUGCUGAUCACUGGCUUCGUGGGCAACGCGCUGGCCAUGCUGCUGGUGUCGCAGAGCUACCGGCGCCGGGAGAGCAAGCGCAAGAAGUCGUUCCUGCUGUGCAUCGGCUGGCUGGCGCUCACCGACAUGGUCGGACAGCUGCUUACCAGCCCGGUGGUCAUCGUCCUGUACCUGUCCCACCAGCGCUGGGAGCAGCUCGACCCGUCCGGGCGGCUGUGCACCUUUUUCGGCUUGACCAUGACCGCCUUUGGGCUCUCCUCGCUCUUCAUCGCCAGUGCCAUGGCCGUCGAGCGGGCGCUGGCCAUCCGGGCACCGCACUGGUACUCGAGCCACAUGAAGACGAGCGCCACCCGCGCGGUGCUGCUUGGCGUGUGGCUGGCGGUGCUCGCCUUCGCCCUGUUGCCGGUGCUGGGCGUGGGCCAGUACACCAUCCAGUGGCCCGGGACGUGGUGCUUCAUUAGCACCAGGACAGGGGGCAACGAGACUAGCUCCGAGAACAACUGGGGCAACAUUUUCUUCGCUUCUGCCUUUUCAUUCUUGGGGCUCUCAGCGCUGGUUGUUACCUUUGCCUGCAACCUGGCUACCAUUAAGGCUCUGGUGUCCCGCUGCCGCGCCAAGGCCACGGCGUCGCAGUCCAGCGCCCAGUGGGGCCGGAUCACGACUGAGACGGCCAUCCAGCUCAUGGGGAUCAUGUGCGUGCUGUCUGUCUGCUGGUCGCCGUUGCUGAUAAUGAUGUUGAAAACGAUCUUCAAUCAGACAUCAGUUGAGUACUGCAAGGUGUACACAGAAAAGCAGAACGAGUGCAACUUCUUCUUAAUAGCCGUUCGCCUGGCUUCACUGAACCAGAUCUUGGAUCCCUGGGUUUAUCUGCUGCUAAGAAAGAUCCUCCUUCAAAAGUUUUGCCAGAUCAGGCACCACACAAACAACCAUGCCUCCAGCUCCACCUCAUUACCCCACCAGUGCUCCUCAACCUUGAUGUGGAGUUACCAUUUGGAAAGAUAAUGAAAGAAUGGAGUUGGACUUUUUUUGCAGUUCCUGCUUUCUUGAGUUUAUGUAUUUCUCCCCACCUGAGAAGGAGAAUUGUAUAUUUUGAUUUGGAUUGUUUCUUCUUUUUCAUCUUUUUAAAAAUUUUUAAUGUUUUUUUUUUCUUGUCAGUAAUACCCACUGAGACCAAGUUUAUUGUUAUAAUCUGUAUCUUUGAGUGUUAAACCAACUUCUUGGACUGGAUUUUGAGUAUACAUUUUAAGAAUUUGAGCAGGAUGGCAUAGACGUGACUCGAGAAAAAAAUGCAAAAAAGAAAAUCCCAUCUUCCCAGAGUUUUCCCUCAACUUCAGACCUUUACGUGAAUCUCAACUGAUAUGGACAUCUUAACAUGUUAUGGUUGUUGUGAUUUUACAAUGGGAGUUUGAAAAAUCAGAACAAAUUUUUGUCAGCAAAAAGCCUACCUAUUGAGAGCUAGAAUUCAAUUAAUAGGACAUAAACUUAAUGAGAUAGAAAAGAAUGCCAGAUGAAGGAAGGAGAGUCCCAUGACCAAAGUUAUUUAUGCAAAACGUGUUAUUAAUGUUUUGGAGAUACUGUGUUCUUUUGGGCUAAGCUGGGAACUAAAAGUCCUUAGGUCUGCAUUCUAGUUAUGUGUCAUUUAGUAACUCAGGAAUCAAUUGUUAUUUCUCUGUCUUUGAUGAUGCAGCUAAGGGCUGAAGUGUCAUAGAAAACAAUAAUGAGGUUAGAUGAUUAAUUGUUGAGCUAGAGAAUAAAAAAUCCAGGCACAGCUUCUGAUUCACCACUGUCAAUUCGGGAUUUCUUAUAAUUUCUUCUUGGGUGACAAAUAGAGGGCAAAAUUAAUAAGUGACAUAGUUAUUAACUAUCAAAUUUUGUUUUUUUAAAUAAAAGGAUCUAGUUUGUCUGAAUUGAAAUGAGAAAUCUGUGUAUUAAAAAAAUACUGAGGGAGUUCCCGUCGUGGCGCAGUGGUUAACGAAUCCGACUAGGAACCAUGAGGUUGCGGGUUCGAUCCCUGCCCUUGCUCAGUGGGUUAAUGAUCGGCAUUGCCGUGAGCUGUGGUGUAGGUUGCAGAUGUGGCUCGGAUCCUGAGUUGCUGUGGCUCUGGCGUAGGCCGGUGGCUACAGCUCCUAUUUGACACCUAGCCUGGGAACCUCCAUAUGCCGUGGGAGUGGCCCAAGAAAUGGCAAAAAGACAAAAAUAAAUAAAUCAAUAAAAAUUUAAAAAAUUAAAAAAUACUGAAUCAUUUACUAUCUCUCAGCUAAUGCGCCGUAGGCUGCUUUUAAAUUCAACCAUUUCUUUCUCUUGUCUUUCUUUCCUUCUCUCUUCCUCCUUGUUUUUCCUCUCCCUAUUUACUUAAUUCGACGCAUAAUUUUGGAGUGUCCCUUCUUUAGGCACUAAGGGUAAUGCUGUCAUCUAUAAAGACAACUGGGAAUAGAUAAUAUGGUAUCAGCAGUUUUAUAAUAUGAGCCUAUAUUGUCACACCAUUGUCAAUUCUGUCAAUGAAAUAGAAUCAAAAUAGUUGACUCAUUCCUUUUGGAUAGUUGAACCAGUUGUGAAUUAGUUGUGAACUAAAAUUAUUUUCAUUCAAAUGUGUGUUGAAAUGGCUUUAUGUAAUUAGCAGAAAACUGAUGCUAUACACAAUCCCUUUAUUCAGGUUUAAAUUUAGCAAAUUUUAUGGAGCAAGGAGGGCUUGCAGACAUAGGAAUGUCCAUCUCCUAUUACCUCUACCUGUCCAUCAUUCACCUGUGUAGUUGUCUAGCUAUUAUCUAUUUACUAUUUUUUUUUUUAUUUUUUACAAAAGAGGGAUAGUUUUACAGAGGGCUUGCCCAAUGUCACAAAGCUAAUAUAAGUAAGUCAGACCCAGUUUGUUUUUUGAUUUUAGGUUUACUAUUCUCCCUACAGCACAGUGGGAUGUGAGAUUUGCUACAAUGACACUGCAUUUGAAAGACAAUAUGACCUAGUAAUAAAAGCAUGUGUUUUGGAAUCAAACUUGGAUUUAAAUCUGGCUGUGCCACUCACUAGCUCUGGUGGCUUGAGAAAGUUAAUUGAUUUCAUUGACUCUCAAAGAGUUAAUCUGUAAACUAAAUAUAAUAAUAAUUACCUGUGUUGUUAUUGUGAUAAUCUAUGUAAAUUGAAUGUUACACAGGAGAUACUCAAUAAGUAUUAACUGUGAUCAACAUACUCAAUAAGUAUUAACUGUGAUCAACUCUUUACCAGACUUACCUCCAACUAUAUAACACAAAUUCUCAAUCUCAACUUUAAACUGGCAUCCUGACUGUGUGGGUUGAAAUGUCAUGGACAGAAUCAUCUUCAAUUCCCUGCAUGCCAUUCUUCUUGAUUCUGAUACCUCAUGGUUAUUUUUUGCCCACACAAAACUCAUCUCCCACAUGUUCAAGUCUCACCUUGUCCUUAGGCUUUGGACAAUUUAAGUAUAGAAGUCCCUCCUUAUCCGUGGUCUCAGUUGCUAGUGGCCAAUCACAGCCUGAAAAUAUUAAAUGGAAAAUUAGCACAACAUUGUAAAUCAGCUACACCUUAAUAACAUUUUUUAAAGAAAAUUCCAGAAGUUAACAAUUCACAAGCAUUAAAUUCUAUGCCACCCUAAAUAGCGUGAUGAACUCUCCUUGAGUCUCAACCUGUCCCACCUGGGACAUAAAUCAAUGCUUGAUCCAGCAUAUCCCGCUCAUUAAUUAGUUACUUGGCAGCCAACUGAGUUAUCAGCUUGAAUACUGAGGUAUCACAGUGCUUGUGUUCAAGCACUUGAUAUGCUUUUUAUGUAAUCAUGGCCCCAAAACCCAAGAGUAGUGAUGCUGGCCAUUCGGAUACACCAAAGAGAAGCUGUAAAGUGCUCCUUUAAGUGAAAAGGUGCAAGUUCUCAACUUACCAAGGAAAGGAAAAAAGUCAAGUGCUAAGGUUGUUAAAAUCUGCGUAAGAAGAUAUCUUUAUCCUUAAAGUUGUGAAGAAGGAAAAAGAAAUCUGUGCUAGUUUUGCUGUCGUAUCUCACACCGAAAAAGUUACAGCCAUGGUAUGUGAUAAUACUUAGUUAAGGUGGAAAAGGCAUUAACUUGUACAAUAAGAUAUUUAGAGAGCGAGAGUGCAAGAACAAUCAUAUUUAAAUGACUUGUAUUACAGUAUGUUGUUAUAAUUGUUGUAUUUUAUUAUUGGCUAUUGUUGCUAAUCUCUUACUGCACCUAAUUUAUAAAUUAAACUUUGAAAUAAGCAUGUAUGUACAGGAAAAAAAAAGAAUUUAUAGGGUUUGCUACUAUCUGUGGUUUCAGGCAUCACUAGGGUCUUGAAAACUAUUCCCCAAGGCUAAGGGGGACUACUGUGUCUUUGUUCUCUUCCUACAUCUCUCCCCAACUCUGAAGUUAUAUAGUGCCAUUUUUGAUGAUUAUUGUAUUAUCCCUUAAAUAUUUUCAUUAUGCAUGUCCUUGAUGAAAUUCUAUUUCAUGGUGGUCAGGACAUUUUUCUUAUAUUUUUUUCAUAGGUCUCAUAGCACUAGCGCAUAUGUGACACCACAAAAAAUGCUUAUUUGGUAAAUUCUCAACAAAAGUAGCAUUUAUGUCCAUUGUCAGAUCAGCUGUUAAAAAUUUCAAUGACUAUUAUAGAACAUUCUUUGUUUCAUCCUGUUUUUUAAUUUGGGAAAUUUCAUGUCAAGCUUUCCUGACUUAAAAAUGUUCCACCCAGGGGCAGAAUAAUCACAUGCAGUUUAAUAUGAUAAUGUUUAUUAAAGCUCUAUAUGUGAACAUAAUAAAGUAAUAAUUGGAAAAAUUUGAAAAA